AUGGCUGCGCCUACGUUCAGUGCAGAUGGGAAACCAAAGAUCACCCUUCACUGGCUGGAGGUUUCUCGCUCACAUCGAAUCCUCUGGUUGUUUGAAGAGCUUGGGGUCCCGUACGAACUCAGGACAUACAAACGGACCAAAGAGGCACUCGCUCCACCAGAAUUGAAGGAAAUACAUCCCCUUGGCAAAGCUCCCGUUGUCACGGUCGAGACCCCUGGAUCCAACUCCCCAAUCGUACUCGCCGAGUCCGCAGCGAUCACGGAAUACUUUUGCGAUUACUAUGGGAGUUGGCUCGUCCCAAAGCGGUAUCGCGAUGGCAAAGAUGGACAGAUCGGCGGCGAGACUGAAUCAUGGUUGCGAUACAGGAUGCUCAUGCAUUAUGCCGAGGGCAGUGUGAUGCCUUUGAUGUUGAUAUCCCUGAUGGUGGGAAGGAUCCGAAAGUCACCGGUUCCAUUCUUCAUCAAACCAAUCACAAAUGGCGUUGCGAGCAAGAUUGAAUCCUCGUUUCUGCAACGGAAUUUCAAGACCCACUAUGACUUUUUAGAGAAUCAGCUAGCAACCUCCCCGGAAGGAGGAAACCUCUUAUGCGGAAAGGACAUUACCGCAGCAGAUAUCAUGCUCUCUUUCCCGCUCGAAGCUGGUCAAACCCGUACAGGAUUUACCAAGGAUCAGUAUCCGAAGGUCUGGGCAUAUCUCAACAAUCUCCAUGAGAGAGAAGCGUACAAGCGUGCAGUCCAGAAAAUUGUGGACGUUGAAGGACACUUCAAACGUACCUUGUGA